GUUGGGGAUUUAGCUCAGUGGUAGAGCGCUUGCCUAGCAAGCGCAAGGCCCUGGGUUCGGUCCUCAGCUCCGAAAAAAAAAAAAAAAAAAAAAAAGACAAAAUAACAAAAAGACCAAAAAAAAACAAGGUAACUGGCACACACAACCUUUUUCAUUUUCAAAGACCCCCAAGGGCAUUUUCAUGGCUGGGGGCAAUAUUUAUUAUCUGCCCUUUAGGAUAUCGCAGUAUCAAAUCGUUUCCAGUCCGCAGGGAAGCUCCCGUGCAGUGUACAGAUGCGAUGAUUGACAGCCCGGUGACAGUGGAAGAUGCCGGAUGCUCCUCCCUCCUUGAAGCCUGCCCCUAGGGCCCUUCCUGGAUUUCCUGGGAACGCCCCUGUGCCAAAUCUUUGAUAACUUUUCUUAUUUCUUUAAGACCCAUGUUUGUGAAUUAGGUUCCAUCUGUUUGGAUUUUGGAAAUAAAAGCAGGAUUCAUCUGGGCCCCGCGCGCGACCCAGAGGACACGCCCCAAGGGAUUGGCCCGACCCCACCCACCACUGAACCAGCCGUGCCAGGGAGGAGGAGCAAGGCUUCACUCGGGCUAGCCCCGCCCACAUAUUACCUACGCAUGCGUAGAGAGGUGGGCUUUUUUUUUUUUUUUUUGGCUUCUUUAGCUUGCCGUCCUUACCCGCCCUGCUCCGCGCGGCAUAAACGGAAGUGGCUUCUUCAAUCUGGGCAUUUGUGCUCGUGUCUCGCCGGCUGGCGAUUGCUACACAAAAUGACAGGAGUGCGAGGACCCGGGGAGAGCCGAGACACCGCCAUGGCCAUGGAGCAGGACAUAUUUGACGCCGUCGUGAUGGCGGAUGAGAGAUUCCAUGGGGAGGGAUAUCAGGAAGGCUAUGAAGAAGGCAGUAGCUUGGGAAUCGUUGAAGGAAAGCAGUAUGGUGUGUUACAUGGAGCCAAAAUUGGAUCUGAGAUUGGAUGCUACCGGGGUUUUGCUCUUGCAUGGAAAUGUCUCCUGCACAGUGGUGCUGGUGAGAAAGAAAGCCUUGCCCCCAUGCAUCUCAGCAGGAAGAUGAAGGUGGUGGAGGCUCUGAUCACGCUGCUGCAGGACUUUCCCUAUGAUGAUCCCACUUAUGAGAAGCUCCAUGAAGACCUGGAGAGAAUCAGAGGGAAAUUCAGACAGCUGUGCUCACUGCUCAACGUGCAGCCGGACUUCAAGGUGACUGCAGGGGGCUCUGGACUUGCAUUUUGAGGCCCGAAGAAGAGCAGAUGUCUGCACAUCAAGUGUCACAGUGAUUAAAGGCGCCUGAGGCACCCAUUGUUCUGUGAGAGGAGCAGUUUGGCCCCCCCUGAGGCUCUGCCUGGGUGACUUGCAGUGGUCUGCACCCUGCCUUCUGCACAGCAGCAGCACACUCAAGAGGCAGCUUGCCACUGGCCAGAGUGAGUGGUCCUGAGGGUGGGACUCACAGAGGCGGGCUGAUGUGAAAUCAGUUCAUGGAAAGCCAUGACAGGAGAUCUGCUGUCUGCUGAGCCUCUGCUGGCCUCGCUCGGGCCUCCUUUGUUCACUCCAUCCCUCUGGCAGCCCCAGAGGUAGAUACCAUUCUGGCUUAGAGAUGAUGAAAUAGACCCAUCCAGUCUAAGGGCUGGCAGCAGAGCUGGCUCUCACUGCAGAUCCAUGCCCUGCAGUACCACAUGGUGCCUUAGCCUCCAUCAUGUGCUGUCAUUGCCAACACCACUGGAGGACCCAGAUUUCCUGCUGUGUGCACAGGACUCGGGGUCCACUGGAUUUGCCUUGCCUCUGGAUGCCUAGCUGAGAAGACAAGAGCAGCCUGAUCCUGAGGAAGCUGAAGCAUGGCCUUCAUGCUGCCCUAGGAGUGGGAUGAGCGCUACACAGUAGGAAAUGGCAGUGGAGCCAGGCGGCAGUGGCGCACUUUAGUCCCAGUGCUGGAGAGGCAGCAGGAGGAUCUCUGAGUCUGAGGUUAGCCUGGUCUACAGAGGGAAUUAAAAAACAAACAAACAAACAAACAAACAGUGGCACUAGGGGAACUACUGGGAACCAAAGCAGGACUAGAUGGUGGUCAGCACUGUGAAUGUGUAGGGCUUGCCUGGGUGACAUGUACUUCCGUUAGCAGCAGCUUGUGUUUCUGGCAUGGUAUUGACAGGCAGAUGUAAAGUGAGCUGGCAGGGGUGGGCCCAGUGCUCCCCGGCAUUUCUGCAGAGAGAAUGGCCUUGUGUUGUUUGGAAGCAUCACUGUCAGUUAAAAACCUAUGGCCUAUGACUUAGGGAGGAAAUAGUGGCGGAACAUCUGGGAGAGAGAAAGGAUUCUGGGAUACAGCCAGGCGGGAGAUCCACCAGGGAGGAUGUGAGGCGAUGGGUAAAUAGUACCUAAGUGCAGAUAACUAGCCACGUGGCAGAAUGCAGUUAAAAUAAAUGGGUUACCUUUUGUUAUGAUCUAGUCAGAGUAGGGCCUAGCUAUAUGUCCAGGGUAUUUGUAAAUGUAUUUUGAGUCUGAGUCUUAUUUUUGGCAGCAUGGAGCUGGAAGGAAGACCUGGGCCUAAGUUUUACACAUGUCACAGAUGUGGGCACACAUGACAGUAUGUGUUGAUAUGCCCUUCUUUGGGUGGCCCCAUUGUACCCCAUCUGUCCCACUUCAGUUCUGUGUUGUAACAGGGUCACCAUGGAUGCAUGCCACUUGGAGUUUUAGGUUCUUUCUGAUUUUAAUUUUCUUUUACAGACAGGCACUACAUAAUCCAAGCUGGCUAUAAAAGGUGAUCCUCUUGCUUCAGUCUCCUGAGUGCUGGGAUCUUAGGCCUGUGGCCCUAGGACACUGUUUAACAUCAUUUCACAGCAUCUGGGUAGAGUAGAGGGACCAUUGUGCAGCUGGAGCUGUUCCCUCCUUCUGUCAGCCCAGCCGAGCCAGUGGGAGGCUGAGGCAGGGGCCUGGGGCACCAUGCAUCUGGCCUCCUGAGCCUCUCAGGUUCAACUCCGCUCUCCCAGCUGCUCCCAGGAUCAGACUCUGCAGUGUGCUGCUCUGGGUACUGAGCUUGGAGGGCUGUGGCUGCUGCUGUCAUCAUAUCUUACUUUCCUAUUAUAUUUGGGAAAAUGAAUAAAUAGUGUAUUUAAAGUA